GCCCACUAGUCCUGACAGAACCAGAAGCAGUUCAUAAAUUUUAGCCUAAAUUCGUUCCUUUCUUUAAAUUCCGACUUCUCACGUGUUAUCCUAUGCUACGAAACAAAGUAACAGGAUUAUAAAUAAGUUUACUCAUCCAAUUAUAUGCCGACACGUCAACAUCAAAACAGCCACUUGGAGACCCACGGUUUUUACCAGCGCCAACGCAACUCGCCGGCUCGAAUCAAGCUCGGUUCGAUUAUAAAACAGUGCUUACUCUCACUAAUCGUAAUCUGCCUUUAAAACCAACUCCUGAUCCGAUCGUCUAUUAUGCCUACACUUACCCUGAUUUUGAAUCUCAAAUCAGGUUGUGGAAUGCUGGACUCAAUUUAGUCAAACUAUUGACUCAAGAGAGUGUUGAUUAAAGAUUCUUCUGCGCAGCUAAACUUUCUUCUUAAGCUUCAUAAUUCUUAAUUUUCUUUGAUUUUCAGCUGAGAGCUGAUAGAAAAUUAUCAAAACAUUGCCGCCAUGGAAGUAAAUGACAAGAUUUUGAACAUGGGUAUUCUCAUAGGAGCCACCCUUGUAGUGGCCAAGCUCAUAUCUUUCCUCAUAAUGCCUAGAUCUAAGAAGCGGGUGCCACCAGUAGUCAAAACCUGGCCGGUACUUGGUGGCCUCCUUCGAUUCAUGAAAGGGCCAAUCGUGAUGCUCCGGGAGGAGUACCCAAAGCUUGGCAGUGUUUUCACGUUGAACUUGUUUAGCAAGAAGAUAACUUUCUUGAUUGGGCCUGAGGUUUCAGCACACUUCUUUAAGGCUUCAGAAUCAGACCUCAGCCAACAGGAAGUUUAUCAGUUCAAUGUGCCUACUUUCGGCCCCGGUGUGGUUUUUGAUGUGGAUUACACAAUAAGGCAAGAGCAGUUCCGGUUCUUUACGGAAGCCCUUAGAGUUAAUAAACUUAAGGGUUAUGUGGAUCAGAUGGUUACAGAAGCUGAGGACUACUUCUCAAAAUGGGGGGAUAGUGGUGAGGUGGACCUUAAGUAUGAGCUGGAGCAUCUCAUCAUCUUGACUGCUAGUAGGUGUCUCUUGGGUCGAGAAGUACGUGAUAAGCUUUUUGAUGAUGUCUCUGUACUCUUCCAUGAUCUUGACAAUGGCAUGCUCCCUAUCAGUGUUAUCUUCCCUUACCUGCCUAUCCCUGCUCAUCGCCGUCGUGACCGAGCUCGAAAGAAGCUUGCAGAAAUAUUUGCAAAUAUCAUAGCUACCCGUAAAAGUUCUGGCAAGUCAGAGAAUGACAUGUUGCAAUGUUUCAUUGAAUCUAAGUAUAAAGAUGGUCGCCCAACUACUGAGGCUGAAGUAACUGGCUUGCUCAUUGCCGCUCUCUUUGCUGGGCAGCAUACCAGUUCCAUCACCUCUACUUGGACUGGUGCCUAUCUACUCUGUAACAAGGAGUUCCUUUCUGCUGUGCUGGAGGAGCAGAAACAACUAAUGCAAAAGCAUGGAAGCAAGGUUGAUCAUGAUAUCUUAUCUGAGAUGGACACCCUCUAUCGGUGCAUUAAGGAAGCCCUGAGACUUCAUCCUCCACUGAUUAUGCUUCUACGCAGCUCACACAGUGAUUUUAGUGUAAAAACCCGAGAUGGGAAAGAAUAUGACAUCCCGAAGGGUCACAUUGUCGCAACAUCACCAGCAUUCGCAAACAGGCUUCCUUACAUUUACAAAGAGCCAGACACAUAUGAUCCUGAUAGAUUCUCUAUCGGGAGGGAAGAAGACAAGGCGGCUGGGGCUUUCUCAUAUAUUUCCUUCGGAGGUGGCAGGCAUGGUUGCCUAGGUGAACCUUUUGCUUACCUUCAGAUAAAGGCAAUAUGGAGCCAUUUGUUGAGGAACUUUGAAUUGGAGCUUGUGUCACCAUUUCCUGAGAUUGACUGGAAUGCUAUGGUGGUUGGUGUGAAGGGAAAGGUGAUGGUUCGUUACAAGCGGCGACAGCUUUCGGUUAAUUAGCUAGGUAAUGUUUGUGGGUAACUAGCAGCUUUAAUUUAUUUUAGUCGAAUGUUGUUGGCCUUUUUGUUCUGUGUCAAACUUCGUUUUAUUUGUGUUAACUAUUGCACUCUCUGGAUUCUGUUUGCUAAUAGGUUUCGUCCAUUGCUACAAUAUUUAUGAUUACGUUAUGAGCGAAGUUUGGUGUCGCUGUUCUGAACUUAUG